CUCGUCUCCACCGCGCGGUUGUUGAGCUUCGCGCGCGCGGCCGCCUGCCAGCUCUUCGCUCCUGACUUGCUGCGGCGGUUUGCGACCCUCAGCAGCCGGGGGGAGGGGCUCGGCGGAGCGGCACGGCUGGCCGAGAAAAGUAUGGCACGAAGAAAGAAAAAAGUUAAGGAAGCCUCGGAAUCUCAGAACUCGGAGAAGAGGGAUGCAGAAACUAGUACUUCUGUCGGUUUGAAGAGGAAGCGUAGAUUUGAGGAUGCAUUCAUUGUGAUAUCUGAUAGUGACGGAGAGCAGGAGCCAAAGGAGGAGAAUGGAUUGCAGAAAAUGAAGACAAAACAACCAAACAGAGCAAAGUGUUUGGCUAAAAGGAAAAUUGCACAGAUGACAGAAGAAGAACAGUUUGCUCUGGCUCUCAAAAUGAGUGAGCAGGAAGCCAGGGAGGUAAACAGCCAGGAGGAGGAAGAAGAGGAGCUCUUGAGGAAAGCUAUUGCUGAAAGCCUGAAUACUUGCCGGCCUUCUGAUGCCUCUGCUACCAGUUCUCGACCUCUUCCCAUUGGACCGUCUUCACAGUCCCACCAAGAGAAAACCACAGACUCUGGGACCACUACAGGCGUAUGGCAGCUGGUACCUCCAUCACUGUUUAAAGGCUCACAUAUCAGUCAGGGAAACGAGGCUGAGGAAAGAGAGGAGCCUUGGGACCACACUGAAAACACUGAAGAGGAGCCGGUCUCUGGCAGCUCAGGAAGCUGGGACCAAUCAAGCCAGCCAGUCUUUGAGAACGAGAACGUUAGAUGUACUGGCCACUUGGCUGAGCACACACAGUGUGGGAAGCUACAGGAAAGUACUGGGAGGGGCUGUGCCCAGGGUAGGGGGGACACAUCUAGGCACUGUCUGCCUACCCCAGCAGAUGCCAGAGGUUUCCAGGGCAUUGGGGGCACUGUGCAGUACUUCUGGGGUAUUCCAUUCUGCCCUGCUGGAGUAGACCCUAACCAGUAUACCAAGGUCAUUCUCUGCCAGUUAGAGGUUUAUCAAAAGAGUCUUAAAAUGGCUCAGAGGCAGCUCCUUAAAAAAAAAGUGUUUGGGGAACCAGUGUUACCUAGGGCGUCUUCUCUGAUCCAAAAUGAGUGUGGCCAAGGAGAUCAGGCUAGUGAAAAAAAUGGAGGCAUCUCAGAAGAUAUGGGAGAUGAAGACAAAGAGGAAAGGCAGGAGUCUAGGGCAUCUGUCUGGCUCUCAAAACCCAAGGAUUUCCGAGAAAGCCCAAUUAAAAGCUUGAAAGAGAAACUUUUGUUGGAGGAAGAACCAACAACCAGUCAUGGUCAGUCUUCCCAAGGUCUAUUUGUUGAAGAAACUUCUGAAGAAGGAAACUCUGUACCUGCGUCACAGAGCAUUGCUGCUUUGACCGGUAAGAGAAGCUCAGUCCCUAUGCCAGAGAGUUCUGCAGAAGAAAUCACCAUUUGCCCUGAGACACAGCUAAGUUCCUCUGAAACUCCUGACUUCGAAAGAGAAGUUUCCCCAUCUAGCAGAGAGACCCCGGAUGAAGUAAUAAUAAUGGCAGAUCAGGAGGUUGGUAACAGAGAAGAUGCUGAGAAGGAAAUACCUACUUCUACCUUCUCAUCCAGUAACCAGGUAUCCUGCCCACUGUGUAACCAAGGCUUCCCACCCACAAAGAUUGAGAGACAUGCCAUGUACUGCAAUGGUCUAAUGGGGCAAGACACAGUAUUGACUCGGAGACAAAAAGAGGCCAAGAGCAAGAGCAAGAAAGACAAUGGGACAGCUGCCCAGACUUCUCCAGACAUUGAGCAGAGUGAGAAGUGUUAUCUCUGUAAGUCCUUCAUCCCAUUCAGAGAAUAUCAGUGUCACGUAGACUCCUGUCUCCAGCUUGCCAAGGGCUACCAAGGCGAUGGGCCCUCAGGGAGUGAUAGCAUACGCCCAGUUGUGGAGGAGAAGCAGCAGCAGCGGCUGAGGAGCACCAAGGAAAAAGGCCGGAAUGAAGGCCGGCUCCUCAGUCUCUUGGAGCAGUCUGAGCAGCAGUCUGCAGAUGCCAAGAUAAAGAGUACAUCUUCAGAAACAGGAGCCUUCAGGAUUUCCUCACCGGGUAUGGAAGAGGCAGGCUGCAGCAGAGAGAUGCAGAGUUCCCUUGUACAUCUUGACAUAAAUGAUUCUCCCAUCAAGUCUUUUGUUUCCAUUUCAGAAGCCACUGAUUGCUUAGUAGACUUCAAAAAGCAAUUUACUGUCCGUCCAGGUAGCCGGGCACGUACCAAAGCAGGCCGGGGAAGAAGGAGAAAAUCCUAA